CCAAGAUAAAAGCAUUCAAUUCAUGGUCCGAAUCACCGACUAAGGCCCCUGAUGAUCCUGGCACGGCGGCCAGGUGAAAUCAGUAGGGUCAUUCACCGGGUGGAAGCUAAGCUUUUGCCAUAGCUGUUGCUUCAUUGUUAUAUAUUUUACAGCAGUCGCGUUCGGGUUUUCACAAGCUUUAUCUUGUGUCAUCUCUCCUUAUCUGAUUAUUGUCUGAACUCUACCUAUCUCUGUCUUUGGUCUUGGCAUGUUGUCUGUACGGUCGAUCUAUCGUGUCGCCAUAUAAAUGUCUUACUGAAUUGCUGUACAAGCGUACUUUUAUACACGAAGUCACCUGUCGAAUUGACAUUUCAGUGGUCACAAGAUGGCGUAGAACAAUAACGGUAGCAUGUCAUUCCCUAGGCAAUCGGGCUGUUUCAACUGUGGGCAAGUGGGCCAUAUAGCUAGAUACUGUCCACUGCCAGAUUGCCGGUUGAAUUAUCAAACUGCGUCUACUAGUACAGCUAUCGUUCCCGCACAAACUCCGCUACUAACUUUACCUGCUCUCGGUGUUGCGACCACACCUGCGGCUCCAUCGUUUUCGGGGUUUUAUAAUGGCGGUUACUCAGGCGGAGGAGGACUUCGAAAUCGGGUGACCACCCUUGAAGACAUUGUGGGGAAGAUUAAAGGCAAACACGAUGCGGAAGAAGCAAAGGAAAAAGCAGCACGUGAAAAGAAGAAAGGAAGAAGCGGGAGAAGGAAGAGGAAGAAAAACGGGCUCGUGAGAAACGGGAACGAGAAGAAUUUCAUACACAGGUUACGACGGAGUUGAACACCAACCUAGACGCAGUAGGAAACGCUUUGGGAAAGAAAAAUAAUGCAGACAACGAGGUGACCAAGUUGAAGGAAGAAAUUGAAAGACCGAAACGGGAGCCAGCGUGAAAUAGCGAAGAUGAAGGCGGCCUCGGAUAGGCGAUUUGCAACACUUGAGGAUGAGAUCGCCAAGAAGGAGAGAUUGCGUGAAGAAGCGGUGGCUGAUGCGGAAGCAUGGAAGAUCGAGGUGUUGCAACCUGGUAAUGAGCGGGGGUGCCUGGCCGUCGAACCAACUCCAACUACUCAAGCUAGGAUAAGACCGCAGACAACACCUCGAUCAAGAGGCAAGAGGCAUGACGCAGAGGUUGUCGCGUUGAGGGAAAUUAGACUCAAGGAACUUAACGGGAGACGGGAAGCUGAACAGGAGCUAAAGAGGCUCAAGGAGAAGCAGAAUAACGACGAACUUGAGAUGGAGAAACUGCUGGAAAAGAUGGUCAGGGCACUAAGUUAAAGACUAGGCUCGAUGAAGCAGCUGGAGGUUCGACAAGAAAGACAGAUAAAGGGAAGAAGACGGCGAGCCCGGUGGUGCUUGUCAGCGAGAGGGAGAAGUUCCUUAAAGACACAAGAAGACAACUGAAGGGAUUGAGGAAAGAAGAGGUGAUUGCAAUCUGCGAGGAGGGUGUGCUACCAAAGAGGAGAUUGCCAAUCUCCACACAACACAUGCCUUUGAUGAUGAACAAAGAGUGGCGGGUAAAGCCAAGAGAGUUGUUAUCCAUGAGGUUGACGACGAUGGGGGGGAUAAUUCUGAACGGAGCGACAGGGGUGACUCGGCCAAUUUAUAGAGUCACUCCCAAGCGCGACUGCUCUCUGGGAACUGGUUGGACGAUGCUGUAGAGCUCGAUCUACUUCUUUUGAGAUGCAAGGUAUUAAACACUUUUCUUAGCCUUAUCGUUUGUUUGUUGAUUCUAGCUUAACAAGUCCCAUGGGGAGACGCAGUCAUAUUGCGCAUGCUGUGCCGAAUGGGUAUAGUUUGAUAAAGGAGAAGGUCCAGUUGUCUAUGCACUUUUCUCACCAUGGUGUCGACAUCUGUAUGUGGGAAGUACAGGGAGGGACGUAUAUUUAAGAUGGGGAGAGCACAUAUGCAGGGCUUGUCAACAGUCUGUUGUGGAGGCAGGAAGGCGUAAUGAAAAGUUGUACAGAUGGUUAAGAAGGUCUGGUAUGCAUAACUAUGUGAUUAUACCUCUAGCAGUAUGCUCUGAAGAUGACCGUAUCGAGACUGAUAAUUUUUUCAUUUGUACUUUAUCUCUGGUUCUUAAUGUGCGUGGUAAGGGAAACAAAUAAAAGAGGUCAAGGGUGGGCCGUAGAGAAAGAUCGAAAGCCAAAAGAAGAGGUGAGGAAAGUGUUUGCAGCAGCAGAGUGCACGUAGUAAGUUGGUGACUUUUCAUGCAAGUGUGGGUAUAAUCUCGGGAAGUUUCUUACGAAUCUUGAAGUUCCGUAGGUUGCAUUUUGUCCAUAAGUCAAGUAUUUUAUGCAAAGGAGGAGAGAAAAUAACAGAUAAAUGGAAGGUGGUGAGAAGACUGUAUGGGGGAUGUAUUUUGUCUUGUGAACAUGGUGUUACCGAGCUUUGGCAUGCUCGGGGGUGGCUGAAGGGUGGUGCAACUAUUACUGUUGAAUCAGUGGUUCCUUUCUUAUGUCGAUCUCUGGCCUUGAAGACUCCAUUGGCUGAACUUUUGAGUAUUCUUCUAAGAGGAAGGAACUGGUGAAUUGGGGAUUGGAGAGGUUGAUUUAUGCCUAUACAGCCAUUCGAACUUUCAGUGAAAAAAUAAGUAGUGGUAGACUGCGUGGUAUACUUUCGGGAAACAAGAUUAACUAGGGCUAAACUGCGUGGCAUACUUUAGGGAACUAUUUCUUCUUGUUUCGGCCUACGUGUGAGAGAGAGGUUGGUUAUUAAACUGGUCUACGAUGAUUCGUUAAGUAAAUCGAAGGUCCGAAGGCUGUGCGGACAGGUGAUCAUGAAUAUGGAUAUCUCACCAGCUUGGAGAAACAUGCUUGCCCGGAGGAUGUGGGUAGUAUGGUGUCGGAACAAGUCAAUUGGUGAACCUGAGGAUGCGGGUAGUAUGGUGUCGGAACAAGUCGGAACAAGUCAAUUGGUGAACUUUUUUUUUUUUUUUUCUUUUUCUUUUUUUUUCCAAGUCAAUUGGUGACGUAAUACACAAUUUCAUUAAGGAAUCCAAGCUCAGCGAGUUUGUUUGCCGUUGUGAUGAGUGUGAUAUGCAGUUGCCAAAAGUAAAUGGCCACGUGUCCU